AAAUACAAUUUCAGACGAGAAGUUUCAAGCUCAGGACCGGUUUGCUUUUACACGACCCGACCAGGGAAGGAUAAAGGAGCCGCAUCAAAACUUUCUUUUGCUUUUCCACUGAUGUUUUGCGCUUCAGUUUUGAUCAUCGCGGCGGCUGCCUGAAGAAAGGAAAGAUAACUCACACAAUAAAGGACUUAUUUUAAUCUGUUAGACUCCGCAUUAUAUAUAUAUAUUUAUUUCGUCAGUGAAAAAAAAAACAAGUUUUAGCACAGACAGAAACGAGGAAAUCGGGACUUUUUUUUUUCCUUCCAAGCCUCUACGGGGACGCGAAAGUUUCUGAACGACAGAGCAGUCUUGACGUGAGGACGGUUCUGGCUUCAACCACGAUGGAAUCGGGCGGCAAGCAAGUGACGGUUCAGCUGAUGAUGGCCGUGGGGGCGGCUGUGAUUGGCUCCCUGCAGUUUGGCUACAACACUGGAGUGAUCAACGCACCGCAGAAGAUCAUUGAGAAUUUCUACAACGAGACCUGGUUUGAUCGCUAUCAGGAGCCCAUCAGUCCCUCCAACCUCACCACGCUGUGGUCACUCUCUGUCGCCAUCUUCUCCGUUGGGGGCAUUUUCGGGUCCUUCUCUGUGGGGCUUUUCGUUAAUCGUUUCGGGAGGAGGAACUCCAUGCUCAUGGCCAAUGUCCUGGCUUUCAUCGCGUCCGCCCUCCUGGGCUUUUCCAAACUGGGAGCCUCCUGGGAGAUGCUGAUCAUCGGGCGCUUUGUUGUGGGGCUGUACUCUGGCCUGUCCACUGGGUUUGUGCCCAUGUAUGUCGGCGAGAUCUCUCCCACUGCACUCCGAGGGGCGCUGGGCACCCUGCACCAGCUGGGCAUCGUAAUUGGAAUCCUCCUGGCUCAGAUCUUUGGAAUGGAAAGCAUUAUGGGCAACGCCUCCAUGUGGCCCAUCCUGCUGGGAUUCACCUUCAUCCCCGCUGUGGUCCAGUGCGCCAUCCUGCCCUUCUGCCCCGAGAGCCCCCGCUUCCUGCUCAUCAACCGCAACGAGGAAAACAAGGCCAAGAGCGUCCUGAAGAAGCUGCGAGGCACGACGGACGUGAGCGCCGACAUGCAGGAGAUGAAGGAGGAGAGCCGGCAGAUGAUGCGGGAGAAGAAGGUGACCAUCCCGGAGCUGUUCCGCUCGCCCAUGUACCGCCAGCCCAUCAUCAUUGCCAUCAUGCUCCAGCUCUCCCAGCAGCUGUCCGGCAUCAACGCGGUGUUCUACUACUCUACCAAUAUCUUUGAGAAAGCAGGAGUGACACAGCCUGUCUAUGCCACCAUCGGUGCUGGUGUUGUGAACAUGGCCUUCACUGUGGUUUCGCUGUUUGUGGUGGAGCGUGCCGGCCGCCGGUCCCUGCACCUCAUUGGCCUGAUGGGAAUGGCUGGCUCCGCAAUUCUCAUGACGAUCGCUUUGGCUCUGCUGGACCAGCUGUCCUGGAUGUCCUAUGUCAGUAUCGUGGCCAUCUUUGGCUUUGUGGCAUUUUUCGAGAUUGGACCAGGCCCCAUCCCCUGGUUCAUCGUGGCUGAACUCUUCAGCCAGGGCCCACGCCCUGCCGCCUUCGCUGUGGCUGGCUUCUCCAACUGGACCGCCAACUUCAUUGUGGGCAUGUGUUUCCAGUAUAUCCAGCAACUAUGCGGCCCCUACGUCUUCGUGAUCUUCAGUGUCCUGCUGGUGGUCUUCUUCAUCUUCACCUACUUCAAGGUGCCGGAGACCAGGGGCCGGACCUUCGACGAGAUCUCGGCGGGAUUCCGGCAAAGCGCAGGGGCCAACCCAGCGGAGAAGCACCCCGAGGAGCUCAACAGUCUAGGCGCUGACUCCCAGCUCUGAGCCCCACUGGUCACAGGUGGACUCCAACCACAGCACCACAGCCAGCUGCAGGAGCGGACUUGCACACUGUGGCUGCCACCACAUUUCUGACAUUGUUACGGGAUAGGGAGGGUUUGUCCACAUUGUUGGCUGUUUUUGUUUUGUUUUUGCCUUGACAGGGACCAGGGGGAGGGGGGGCUGGGGACAGUAUUUGAGGGGGGAGAGGGACAACAAAGCAGUCAAUCCCCUAAUGUGUUUUGUUAAAGCAGGUGCAAGAUCUCAUUCCUACUUCCUAAAGUUUCAGACUCUACUACUGUUACAGAACAGUGAAGGCCUAUGCCUUUUAAUGACCUGUUGGGGUUUGCAAUGUUUGUAAUUUGGCCCCUUACCUGGCUUUAGGAAAAAUAACUGAUUUUACCUUAUAAGUUUUAAAGACUUUUAUCCACAUGGGAUCUUGGGUUACAUUAGCACUACGAGAAGAAAGGAAACGCAACAUUUCAGCUACGUUUCACACCCAAAGAAGGCUCCACAGCCGAAACGUGUUUCCUUUCU